AUGCCCCCAAUCAAGACCGAGCCAGGCCUCAGCAUCAAGACCGAACCUGGCCUGAAGAUCAAGUCAGAGCACGAAGCUAGGUUCGACUUCUCGUCUAUUCCACAGCCGCCCGUUCCGUCCGCUCCUGGCAAGCAGGAAGAUCGCAAGCCCGAAAAGAUCUUUGAGCGCCUCCGAAAGGCACAUUUCAACAUAAAACCGACAGAGCCCUCAGGAUUCCUGUGCCGCAAGGUACAUCAUCUUUUAUUCCACUCACGCGGCUUAUGCGAUAUUAUUUCUGUCAAAGUGGAACGGAUAUCCGAGCACGGCCACGCGCCUAGACCUACUGUGAAACAGGAGCAGGUCAACAAGGAACGUGGGGCCGUUUUUGACAGGACUAAUGGACAGACGAAACCGCCGUCCCCGUCUACAUCGUCCUUCGGCCGAUCCCAACCAGCUACCUACAUGUCGCAGGUCUCCUCCAGUGCUCCAGCACUUCACAACCCAUUCCAGCACGGCUUUGACAUGCUCACGCCCAAAGAACAACCUACGACCGUUGCUCAUCCUGUCGCCCCGAAAGGCACAUCUUCUCCCUUCUUCGGCUCCUCUUCUGCCCUCACAUCGGUCGCAGUCGCCGACUCGGGGCUCUUUGGGAACACUCUUUCACCGGUCAAGCGUAAUUCUCUCUUCGAUCUUUCUACAGGCGCGGGCUCAGGGCUCUUGAAGAAGACAUCGCCGCCCAACCUUCCUUCCUUCACCUUCAGUACUCCCACAGUUCCGGACGCAGCAGCGGGGCUCUUUGGAAAGACACCUCCACCGGCAAACCGGAGUUCUCUCUUCGGCCAUUCUACAGCCGCGGGCUCUGGGCUCUUUGGGAAGCCUUCAUCCUCUGAACGGCCUCUUCUGGCCGCUACUACCAAGGUUGUUCCGGAGGUGAUUGUUAUCGACUCCUCUCCCGAAUCAUCUCCGACGCCUUCCCCACGGCGAUCUCUGUCGAAGGAGCGUGCUGCGGGAAAAUAA